AUACCAAACAUUGAGUGAUCAUUGCUUCUGAAAAUGAACAGUUUAGGAAAUUUAUUGACAUUUUUUUUGUGGGGGAUGAAGUUAUGAAAUGAAACGCCAAGUCUGGAAGUGAUGCACGUGGGGUUUCAUGCCUCAACUCUCGGCUUUGCUGAUGCCUUUCUCUUCAUCUUCCUUCACUCGCACUGAACAUCAAAUUCAGAAGCAACCCAUCUUCUUCUUCUUCUUCUUCUUCUUCUUCCUUCUCAGAGUUUUCAUCUUCAGAGUUUUAUCAUGUGUAGCUUCCAGCUCCAGUUUUGAGGACUGUUUGACUUUGCACCCAAAAGACCAACUCAGCAGAAACAAUUGAUUGCGGGACUAAAACUAGAGGAUGGUGGAGCCACAUUCAUGCCCUGGAAUGGUUAAUGCAUCUGCAUUGUGUUCUAUAGAGGAACAUGUCGUGCAAGGGGAGGGAGAGAGUGUUGAUCACAUCGUGGCACAGAUUUCAGCUGAACUACAGAGAGAGAGGAUGAAGAAUGCAGAGCUCAUGGAGAGAAUUUCUGAACUUGAAGCUCAAAUAAGGGAGAAAGAAAAUAAAUCUCUUCUCCAAGACAAAGAGGGUAGUCAUAGAAAAGCACCGUGGCAAAGCUCCAAAGAGUCAAAAAGACAAAAGACAGGCGAAUUUGAUGGUAGGCCUGAAAAUGGACAAACUUUUGGCGGUAAAUCGGCUUCUCCAGUUGGGCAUGAUGAUCAGUGCGUGCUACCAAAGUAUGAAAAUACCAAAGAUGGCAUGGUCAGUUGGAUGAGCAUGGAAGAUACACGCAUGUCAGGUUUUGAAAGUUUGAAGGAAGAUGAUGAUGCCGAUGACUUAGAUAAUGCGGAUGAAGCCAACGAUGAAGAUGACAAUUACCACGUUGAAGAAGGCACCAACAUUCACAAUGCUGAAGAGAACUCGAGAACUAACAAUGAUAUACUAGUGAAGAAAGUGCAGGUAUCGGCCUUGGAGAACUCCUAUAACGUUAGGACUCUUGUGAAUGCAAUGCAAGAUUCGGUGGAUACUCCAAAAGCCAAUCUUUGCUUACAGGAGAUUGGACAGGUUCAGGACAUGUCGAAACUCGGUGAUCUUGAGAAGGAAGAAGUUAAGACCGAAGGUUGCAAGGAACAUGUAGAGGUACAUUCAUCUGGAUAUUAUGCUUGCCACACAGGGUCUGGAAGCACAGAGCUGCACAGAAGUUCCACAGAGGUUGCUUUCUGUCCUAAAGAAGUUAGGAGGAUCGUUGAAAUGGAAGCCCUUCAAGAAAAAAAUGCUCAGUCUCAUACGAUGAGAAAGAUUAUUGUUUUUGCGUCCCUCGGUAUCAAGCACGGGUGUGGAGAUAUGUACGAGCUGGAUUUCAACCAUUUUAGUAUUUUGAGGAAGGGUGAACCCUUUGUCUCUCUGCAAAAUCCCGGGGAGCACAUUUUAUAUGUAAAUCCCGGCAUCCGCAAAAAGGUCUUCUAUCCAAAUAGACAGAACCCGACAUUGUGUCCUGUCCAAAUACUAGAAGAAGAGAAGGCCAUGCGUCCAUCCGACCAAAGCUGCCCCUCAUCCUUAUUCCUAUGCAUCAAAUAUGGAGGAAGGACUAGAAAUCUUCCCCAAAACGAAUAUGUCAGACAGCGCAUGGGAAAGAAAAAGCUGAAAUCCUUCGGGCCGCUUAUGUGCAAAAUGGCGCUGUUGAUCCCUGUGCGCAGUGGAAGUUUCUUCUUUAAGGCCCUGGGCAUAACGCUCUUGUUCAUUGCCGGUUUCACUGAUCACCUGAUUCAAAAGGAGACCAAAUAUAGAAGCUUGGACUUGCUCCAAAAGUACUACAGGAAGGAUGGGGAUGCUGAAGGAGAGAAAUUAUUUCUUGAACACCGAGAAACCACCAACACUCAAGCUGCCCUCAAGUUGGACCAAUCUACUACCAAGAAAGUCUCAACAAAAUUCAAACCCAAAAGGCAUAGUCAUGCUGCACAUAAGCCUUCAAAUUCAGAAAGAUCAUUAGGUUGUCUACAAUCAGUAACUACAAGCUGUGCUCCUCAAUUUGGAUUAGUCGGCUUUAACUCUGUCCACACUCAAGCACCAGGUGUAGAUAAAGCUUCGAGUUCAAAACCGGCAAUCAACAACAAUGCUAGUAGCAUGUCAUUCACUAGUCCAACAUCGUACAAUGUGUUCCCACCCCACCAGCCCGUAAACGGUUUCAUUCCUAUGAUGUAUUGGCCUCCCCCGAGCACAUAUGCUUAUGCCCCAUUGCCGUCUUCGGCAAGUUAUUUCUCUGUGCAUCCACACAGCUGCUACACCUAUCCUCCUUCGCACGGUUUUUUCCCGAAUAUAGUCAGAGGCACGGGAAAGACUGAUGCAGUCUCAGAGGAAUCUGGUGAUGAUUCUGGAAGCAGUUUGAGCAGUUCAUAGCUAAAAGAAGUGCCAGCGACAAUCGAGUCUGGCUGCCACGAAUUGUUCGGGUCAUAUACCGCAGCAGUUAAAGAAAUGUACUAAGAUUGACAAGGCUCAUCCAUAAUCGUGCAAUUUUGACCCCCUCCUCUGUGCAGGUGUGUUGUUUAGUGUAUAUGCAAGAGACUGUUUCUU